UGAGUAAAAAUGUCCGAACACUUUUCUCUGACCUGUCCUGUUAUAUCAUAUAUUUCACAUGCAAGUAUGUUCAUGUUAUUCAUAUUGUCUUUUUCUCAUUGUUUAAAUGAAAUUUGUAUAUCACAAAUGCAUGCUAUAGACUGAUUAGCAGAGUUUGAUUUCAUUACGACUUAGAUUGCGGAGAAAACCCAAUCACACAGGUUUGUUGUAAUGGCAAACCUUAUGGAAGGACAGGAGAAAAGACAUGUUGUUGUGGGGAUAAAGGAACUUUCAACCCUAUUGAAAAGAUUUGCUGCGACGGAAAUAUUAUUGAAAGGACAGGAAUAUUCCUAGAAACUGAUUGUUGUACAUGUGGUCUAACGAAGAGCGAUAUUGUAUUUGUUGCGGAUUCGAGCAAAAGUAUAGGCUGGUACGACUGGAAAAACUUGCGUAUGUUUAUGGUGGGAAUCGUUAACGGCAUUAAAGACGAGAAAAGUGUAAGGGUAGGACUGAUGACCUACAACCAUGACAGCACCAUAGUUUUCCACCUAAAUCAAUACACAACAAAAGAGGACAUCAAAAGGGCCAUUUGGAAUGCAAGAUUUUUGAAAGGAUGGACUAAAACCAGUCUUGCUCUAAACCGAGCCCGAACAGAAAUGUUCACGCUUGAAAAUGGUGACCGUCCGGGUGUUCAAAAUGUAAUCAUCUUAUUGACCGACGGCCAAUGUUAUGGUUUUGAUCGAACGUUAGCAGCAGCCAAUGCCGCAAAGGCUGAGGGAAUUCGUAUAAUUGGCAUUGGAAUAAAUAAUACAAGAAGUUACGAUAACGGACCGGAAGAAGAACUGAGACAAAUUGUAUCAAAGCCGGUUAAAGAUAACUUCUUCAUGGCCGACGACUUUGAAAAGUCACUUGCCACAAUAACAUCUGACCUUUUUACUACCAUAUGUGACGAACGUCCGAUACCUCCCGUUAAAGAGGAAAUGUGCGGGUUCAAAACUUACAACCCACAGACUGAAAUUUGUUGCCUAUGGAUUGUCAACCCAAAACUGUAUGGGGACGACACGAGGUGCUGUGGCUCACAAGUAAUAAACAGCAAAACGCAAGUAUGCUGUAAGAACGGCCAACCUCAGCCAAGUGUUGCUGGUAAAAAUACCAAAUGCUGUUGUUACACUUCUUACGAUCCAGAAAAAUCCGUAUGCUGCGUCGGAAAUGUUCAACCAAAACUAGCCGGAGAUCAAACGACGUGUUGCGGAAAUGUCAGUUACGACAGAUAUAACCAAUUUUGUUGCCAUGCUAUGCUGUAUCCGGAACCGUAUCAUCCAAAGUGUUAUGAUUGUGAGUACAACUUGCCUGUUCCACAGUUUGACGAGAAAACACAGGUAUGUUGCAAUGGGCAAGUAUAUCCAGCAACAGCCGGAAACCUUACAUGUUGCUGCGGGGACAAAACCUUCGAUCCAACAAAUAAAAUAUGUUGUAAUAAGCAGAUACAAGAUAGAGUUUCUGGAGCAACUUCAUUUUGCUGCGGUGACAAAAAUUUGAAUCCCGACACACAAAUGUGUUGUGAUGGAGUUAUUCAACCGAUGGAUGAUCAUAUAGCGUUUAGUUGCUGUGGUAAAGUAAGCUACAAUAGGAAUCAUCAUAUUUGCUGUGAAGACAAGAGUCUUGUGGUCCUUUCUGAAUCAUCCGACAACUGUUGUUGCGGAAAGUCGUCUUAUGCACCUGAUAAAAAUAUAUGUUGUGACGGUAACAAACAGCCAAGAUUUUUACAAGGCACGCAGUGCUGUGGGAAGAUAAGCUUUGAUUCUUCAAAUUCUUUGUGCUGUGAUGGCAAAGUGCAAAAGCUCCUUGCGAAUUCCAACACAAGAUGUUGCGGAGAGGAAAGCUACGAUCCGGUAGGUUAUCUUUGCUGCGGUAGAAACGUAAGGAGAAAAGUUAACUCUACCGAUGACGCAUGUUGCGGAAGUAAAACAUUUAACUCAAGAACCCAAGUUUGUUGUGAUGGGGAACCGGGUCCUACGUAUGGCUUAGGAACACAAUGUUGUGGGAAAGAACCAUACAACGUAAAAAUGCAUAUGUGCUGUAACGGAGCAAGGACACUACCACCUAGUGGGAAUGGGAAUGCACUGUGCUGUGGAAAUGUGGCUUAUAAUACUGAGACGCACGUUUGUUGUGAUGGGCAAAUAAGUAAAAAGAACAAUCCUGGUGACACAUGGUGUUGUGGUAAGAGUACGUACAACCCAACAACACAGGUAUGUUGUCCAUCUGAACAAGAAGAUGUAGCACAGCCUAUGAAGCUUUCGAAAGCCACACGGUGUUGUAAUGGUGUAAGUUAUGACCCAAAUAUAGAUAUAUGCUGCGAUGGUGUGAUACAACAUGCUUGGCUAGGUUUGAAGACACUCUGUUGUGGCAAAAGAAGUUAUAAUCCCGAAAAAGGCUUAUGUUGUAAUGGAACAAUGGUACCGAAAGAAAGGAUACCAUAUGACGAUUGUUGUUGCUGUGGAAAAACAUACGACAGUUCACGUCAAGUUUGCUGCCAAUGCAAGAUUCAAGGUAAAUGUGGAUUACAUACAAAAUGCUGUAACGAAAACAGCUAUGAUGCAGUAUUGAAUGUGUGUUGCGAUGGUGUGAUUAGAGCGAAACAGUACGGUGAGAAGACUUACUGUUGUGGUACAAAUGUGUACACACCUACUGAAGCCAUUUGCUGUGGUAAAUACGUGAGAAUGAAAUAUGGGCUCCCAGAGUGGUAAAUCUCAAGGGAUGGACAAGAAAUAUUCAUUCACAAAGAAUAAACAUACACUUUAAUUUGAUUUAUUCAAACAAAGGAAAAUAAACCCUUUAAUUGCAUAA